CAGAGGUAUCGUGACAGCGGUCGGAUGUCUUGGAUUGAGAUAAAGUUUUGAAAGAAAGCAUAAAAUCUUUAGUUGAAAUUGCUCAAGAUUUAAAGCAAUGUUAAUGAAAUAUUAGUCGCAAAGUAUUCUUGGUUAAUAUUCGAUGGACAGUAGUGACUUUCAGCAACACUUUUUUUGCAGCUCAUUUUAUUUGUCCUUAUGGUUACUGAUUCAAACGAGACAGCCACUUAACAAACAUGCUGCCUGUCAAAUUGCCAGUUACAGUGAAAUUCGAGAUUAACCUUGUUGCUGGUUGUCGUAACGAUUUCUGGACUUUUCUCAAGACUGUAUGGGAUUCAUUUUCCGAAAGCUGUAGUGUUUGACGAGGUGUAUUAUGGACAGUUUGUGUCACUGUACAUGAAACAGGUAUUUUUCAUUGAUGAGAGUGGGCCGCCCUUUGGACACAUGAUUCUGGCAUUAGGAGCCUACUUAGGAGGAUUUGAUGGCAACUUUGUGUGGAAUCGGAUUGGUGCGGAAUACACCAGUAACGUCCCUGUGUGGAGUCUUAGGGUAAUACCAGCUGUUGCGGGGGCUCUUUGCGUGCCCCUUGGCUAUCUUUUAAUGGUAGAGCUUGGAUACUCACAUUUUGCUGCAUUGGGUGCCUCGAUUCUCCUCCUGAUGGAAAAUUCCUUGAUAGUGCAGUCUCGUUUCAUGUUGCUGGAGUCGGUUCUCAUAUUUUUCCUGUUGCUUGCUGUGGUGUCAUAUCUACGGUUCCACAAUUCUUCCAGCAGUUCCCCUGCGAGAUGGAUCUGGCUUGUUCUGUCUGGGAUUAACUGUGCUUUCGCUGUGGGAGUGAAGUACAUGGGUUUGUUCACCUAUUUCUUACUGCUUGGUUUGGCUGCUGUACACACGUGGAAACUCAUUGGUGACAGAACUCUGAGCAGUAUAAAAGUGUUGGUCCACGUUGUAGCUCGUUUUCUGGCCCUGGUGGUCCUACCCGUUGUUCUGUACUUGGGUUUUUUCUAUGUUCAUCUAACUCUGCUGUACCGCAGUGGACCCCAUGAUCAAAUAAUGAGCAGUGCCUUUCAGGCCAGUCUAGAGGGUGGACUUUCCAGGAUCACACAGGGUCAACCACUGGAGGUGGUGUUUGGAUCCCAAGUAACGCUUCGGAGUGUGUCGAGCAAACCUGUCCCCUGCUGGCUUCAUUCCCAUAAAGCUAACUAUCCUAUUAGAUAUGAAAAUGGACGAGGUAGCUCUCACCAACAGCAAGUGACCUGCUACCCUUUUAAAGAUGUCAACAACUGGUGGAUCAUCAAAGAUCCACGCAAACAGAGCCUUGUGGUCAGCAGCCCUCCCAGACCUGUGAGACAUGGAGACACCAUUCAGCUGCUCCAUGGGAUGACCUCACGCUUCCUCAACACGCAUGACGUAGCAGCUCCUAUGAGUCCACAUUCCCAAGAAGUGUCAGGAUAUAUUGACUUCAAUGUGUCAAUGCCAGCCCAGAACCUCUGGAAAGUGGACAUAGUAAACAGGGAAUCUGAGAGUGAGGUCUGGAAGACCAUUUUGUCGGAGGUGCGACUGGUCCAUGUAAACACCUCUGCUGUGUUGAAACUCAGUGGAGCCUCCCUUCCAGAAUGGGGAUUUAGACAGUUGGAGGUGGUUGGAGACAAGCUUUAUAAAGGCUAUCAGCCAAGCGGAGUAUGGAAUGUUGAAGAACAUCGCUAUGGCAGGAGUCAGGAGCAGAAGGAGAGAGAACUAGAGCUCAAAUCUCCCACACACAUUGACAUCAGCAAAAAUCUCACUUUUAUGGCCAAGUUCUUGGAGCUUCAGUGGAAGAUGCUUACAGUGAGAAAUGAAGAGUCGGAGCAUAAGUAUAGUUCUUCACCCUUAGAAUGGAUCACCAUGGAUACCAAUAUAGCUUACUGGCUCCACCCCCAAAGCAAUGCACAGAUCCACCUGGUUGGGAACUUCGUCGCCUGGACCAUUGCAAAUUUAGCACUGGCGGUGUAUGUUUGUCUGUUUUUGGCUUACUUACUGAGGAGAAGACGGAGAUUAGAGGACAUUCCUGAAGCCACCUGGGAACAACUGGUUCUUGCUGGAGUGGUGUGCACUGGAGGUUGGGCAGUGAAUUACCUGCCCUUCUUCCUAAUGGAGAAAACACUCUUUCUCUAUCAUUAUCUACCUGCACUCACCUUCCAAAUCCUACAGAUACCAUAUGUCCUAGAACAUGUAUACGUUCACAUUCUAAGGUCUCAGUCUCAGCGCGGAGCAUUUGGUGGCACCCUGUUGGCCGUCCUGUCCUCUGUCUACCUGUCUUACCGCACUCUGAGUCCUCUCACUUAUGGACAGCCCGAGUUAAGCUCCGAGGAACUGGCCGCACUCCGCUGGAGAGACAGCUGGGACAUUUUACUGAGAAAACGAUGA